AUGGCUGAUUUAGACUAUCCUGAACCCAAUCCCACUUUGCAUAUUACAGAAAUCAAUCCCGCAAACGAACUAGAAAAGCGAGUUGCCGAUGCUUUUCUCAUCUUUGACCAUCACGGCAACAAAACGGUUGAUGUGCGCGAGAUCGGAACAAUUUUGCGAUUCCUCGGAUGUGUUCCCACGGAGGCAGACGUCAACGAAGUAAUUUCAGCGACGGAGUUCGAAGAUUCCAAUGGGACGGUUCACCUUUCAAAGUUCCUGCCGUUCGUCAGCCAGCUGAUUGCCGAGCAUAAAUUGGAACCGGCCCCACCGGAAAAACUCCUGAAAGCAUUUCGCGUUCUGGACCAGGAGGGUAAGGGUUUCGUCGAUCGUGAUUAUAUGACAAAGUUGAUUACAGAGGAAGGGGAACCGUUCACGGCAGAGGAACUUGAGGAAAUGAUGGCCGUAGCAGUCGACAUGGCAACCGAUAAGAUUCCUUAUGAAAACUAUUUGAACCAACUGUUGCAUGAACCGCAAGAUUCGAUUUACACAUUGGCCGAUAAAUUCAAAAAUCAAAUCAGACGCAGGACGAUUUUCAAAUUUUACAGGCGAUGAUUUUUUUCUUAUUUCAGGUUGAUUUCUAAAAUCCCCAAUGUCCCAGUCAAAU